AUUAAUUAUUUUCCCCCUUUUGAGGCGCCAUGGAGGUGACGGUGGGCACCAAAUUCGGGUUUUUUAAUGGGGUUUUUUGCCAUUUCUGACCCCAAAUCUUUGGGAAUUUUUUGCUCCCCGACCCCCAAUUCCCACAGAGGGAACAAUUUAGGAUCUCUAAAUGUAAUUUCAAUGAAAAUUAGGAUUUUUUUUUUUUUUUUUUUUCGCUUAUUUUGUGCUCCCUCCCAGAUGACGAUUCCGAGACCACAACUCCAGGUGUAAUUUUGGGGCAGAUUUGAGUUUUUUUGGCGUUUUUUUGCCGUUUCUCACCCCAUACCCACAGAGGGAACACCUCAGGAUCCCCCCGCGUUAAUUAAAAUAUAAUUAAUUAAUUUUCCCCUUUUUAGGCGCCAUGGAGGUGACGGUGGGCACCAAAUUCGGGUUUUUUAAUGGGGUUUUAUUCAAUUUUUUACCCCAAAUCUUUGGGAAUUUUUGCUCCCCGACCGCAAUUCCCACAGAGGGAACAAUUUAGGAUCUCUAAAUAUAAUUUCAAUGAAAAUUAGGAUUUUUAUUUUUAUUUUUUCGCUUAUUUUGUGCUCCAUCCCAGAUGACGAUUCCGAGACACAACUCGAGGUUCCCAGGUGUAAUUUUGGGGCAGAUUUGACUUUUCCCACCGCGUUUUUUUGGCGUUUCUCACCCCACACCCACAGAGGGAACACCUCAGGAUCCCCCCGGCGCUAAUUAAAUUAUAAUUAAUUAAUUUCCCCCCCUUUCUAGGCGCCAUGGAGGUGACGGUGGGCACGGCGGCGCUGGCGCUGGCGCUGCUGCUGCUGCCGCUGCUCUACGAGCGCUGCGGCUCCUUCCGCUUCUUCUGCAAGAUGGGCUUCUACAACGGCUGGAUCCUGCUGCUGGCCCUGCUGGCCAUCCUGUGCGCCCUCCGGGGCCGGGACGUGGAGAACAUGAAGAUCAUCCGCGGGCUGAUGCAGCACGUCAAGCGGCUCUACGGGAUCCGCAUGGAGGUGCGGGGGGCGCAGCACUUCCCGCCCCGCCAGCCCUACGUGGUGGUCAGCAACCACCAGAGCUCGCUGGACCUGCUGGGGAUGAUGGAGGUGCUCCCUGACCGCUGCGUGCCCAUCGCCAAGCGCGAGCUGCUCUACAUGGGCGCCGUGGGCGUCGUGUGCUGGCUCGGCGGCAUCAUCUUCAUCGACCGCAAGAGGACGCACGACGCCAUCAGCGUCAUGGCCGAGGCCGCGCACACCAUGCUCAGCCAGGACGUCCGGGUGUGGGUGUUCCCCGAGGGCACGCGCAACCACAGCGGCUCCAUGCUGCCCUUCAAGCGCGGGGCGUUCCACCUGGCCGUGCAGGCGCAGGUGCCCGUGGUGCCCAUCGUCAUCUCGUCCUACCAGCACUUCUACAGCAAGCGGGAGCGGCGCUUCACGCCCGGUGAGUGCGUGAUCCAGGUGCUGCCCCCGCUGCCCACGCUGGGCCUGGCUCCGGCCGAUGUUCCCGCGCUGACCGAGCGCGUCCGCGCCGCCAUGCUGCGCGCCUUCGAGGCGCUGUCGGCCGAGCUGGGGGUGACCGCACGGACACCGAGUGACCACACGGGGAGUGACCACGGGAGUGACCACGGGAGUGACCACACGGGGAGUGACCACAGGGGUGACCACCACGGGAGUGACCACACGGGGAGUGACCACAGGAGUGACCACGGGAGUGACCACCAGAGUGACCACAGCAGUGACCACAGCAGUGACCGCGGGAGUGACCACCCGAGUGACCACCCAAAGGGCGACCACCAGAGUGACCACCAGAGUGACCACACAGGGAGUGACCACAGGGGCGACCACCACGGGAGUGACCACAGGAGUGACCACCCAAAGGGUGACCACAGGAGUCUCCGCCAGAGUGACUGCCAGAGUGACCACCCAAGUGACCACGGGAGGAGUGACCACGGGCGUCACCGCCAGUGUGACCACCCAAAGGGUGACCACACGAGUGACCACCGGAGUGACCACAGGAGUGACCACCGGAGUGACCGCCUAAAGGGUGACCACAGGAAUGACCGCCCCAGUGACCACCAGAGUGACCACCAGAGCGACUACCAGAGUGACCACAUGGGGAGUGACCGCCAGAGUGACCGCCCCAGGAGUGACCACCCCAAGGGUGACCACAGGAGUGACCACAGGAGUGACCGCCAGAGUGACCACAGCAGUGACCGCCAGAGUGACCACCAGAGUGACCACCCGAGGAGUGACCACACAGCCCCAUGGCCACCCUGAGUGACCCAAAGAGUGACCACCGGAGUGACCCUGGGAGUGACCCCCAGAGUGACCACUGGAGUGACCACCAGAGUGACCACCGGAGUGAUCCUAGGAGUGACCCACGGAGUGACCGCUGGAGUGACCCCCAGAGUGACCCCUGCAGUGACCCCUGCAGUGACCCCCGCAGUGACCCCUGGCCUGGCAGUGGGGCAGGGACUGACCCCUAAGGGGGGACAGACUGACCCCCAAGUGUGGCCUGGACUGACCCCUAAGGGGGGACAGACUGACCCCCAAGUGGAGCACAGAGUGACCCACAAGUGCGGCCACAACUGACCCCUAAGGGGGGACAAACUGACCCACAAGUGGGGCCCAAAGUGACCCCUAAGUGGGGACAAACUGACCCCUAAGUGGGGCCUGGACUGACCCCCAAGUGGGGCCCAAAGUGACCCCCAAGUGGGGCCUGGACUGACCCCUAAGUGCGGCCACAACUGACCCCCAAGUGGGCUCAAACUGACCCCUAAGUGGGGACAAACUGACCCCUAAGUGUGGCCUGGACUGACCCCCAAGUGUGGCCUGGACUGACCCCCAAGUGCGGCCACAACUGACCCCCAAGUGGGGACAAACUGACCCCCAAGUGGGCUCAAACUGACCCCCAAGUGGGGCCUGGACUGACCCCUAAGUGUGGCCUGGACUGACCCACAAGUGUGGCCACAACUGACCCUCAACUGAGGCCACAACUGACCCCUAAGUGUGGACAAACUGACCCCCAAGUGGGGACAAAGUGACCCCUAAGGGGGGACAAACUGACCCACAAGUGGGGACAAACUGACCCCCAAAGUGACCCCCAAGUGUGGCCUGACUGACCCCCAAGUGUGGCCUGGACUGACCCCCAAGUGGGGGACAA